CACACACACACACACACACACGCUGACACACAUGCAGCGCUCCACAUCCCACACACAUACAUGCCAGGACACUCAUACACGUGCAACCCAAUAACGAGAGCACUGUCAGUCCGAGCUGCCUGCCGCUGUCGGUGGCAGAGGAAACCGCUUCACCGACACACAACGCGGGAUCCCGCGGUGAGACGAGCCGCUGCUGCUGCAUUCUUCCCACAAAGAGGAGCGGAGAGGGACCUCAUUUUGGGGGCGGUAGAUAAUUCAACAGCAGGGCUAGGAGGAGAGGAAGGUGAGUGAAUGCAGUCCAGUACUACAGCUGCUGUUACAGAAAGAAGAAGAAGAAGAAGAGGAGGAGGAAGCUCAGUGUUCAGUGUGUGGAGGAGCAACAUCAUCCUGCACACAGACUCAGAGACAGAGCAGACGGCCAACAGUGAUCAUAGCACUUCCAGGCUUGCAGAUGUGGAAGGAGCACUGUGCAAUAUCUAGUCCUGGGUGUCUGGCCCAGUGAUUCAGCACCAGACAGGAGCAGGAGGAAGCCGUGGAAAGGAGGGCCAUGGGGGUGAGCAUGGGCCAGGAUGUACGCUGGCUCCUGCCUUUCCUGUUCUUGCUUCUCAUGAUCACAGUGUCACCCACUCAUGCUCAAGCAUGUCCCCAGCGUUGUGAUUGCAUUGCGAAACUCAAGACUGUGUCCUGUUUCGGUAAACGCCUUUCCUCAAUGCCAGAUGGUAUCCCAGGGGACACAAAGAUCCUGGACCUAACCGGAAAUAAACUUCGCUGGGUGGAGCAUGGUGACCUGCUCUCAUUUACACGUCUUGAAAAGCUGGACCUGAGUGAGAACAUGAUCAGUGUCCUCGAACCGAACGCCUUUUCUAGUCUCCAGAACCUGCAGUCGCUUUCACUGAGGGGCAACCAACUGAAGCUGGUCCCCAUGGGGGCUUUCUCACGUCUCUCCAACCUGACUUCAUUGGACCUCAGUGGGAAUAAGAUUGUUAUUCUUUUGGACUUUACUUUCCAAGAUCUGAAAAGUCUGAAAAAUCUGGAAGUUGGAGACAAUGACUUAGUUUAUAUUUCCAACAAGGCCUUCCUGGGUCUAGUGGGGCUGAGGGAGUUAACCAUUGAGCGGUGCAACCUGACAUCUGUCUCCAGCCAGUCUUUGUCCUACCUUCACAACCUGGUGACUCUGCGCCUCCGCUACCUUAGUAUUUCCAGCUUAGAGGACCAGAACUUCCGUAAGCUGGGAAACCUGAGGGGCCUCGAAAUUGAUCACUGGCCCUUCCUGGAGCACAUUGCCCCUCACAGCCUGCAGGGUCUCAAUUUAUCUUGGCUGUCUAUUACUCACACUAACAUCACCUCUGUGCCCACCUCCGCCCUACGCAGUCUGGCUCAUCUCACCAUCCUCAACCUGUCGCACAACCCCAUCUCUGUGCUUGAGUCCUGGGCGCUGCGGGACCUUAUUAGGCUAAAGGAGCUGCAUCUAGUCAACACAAAUUUGGUAGUGGUGCAGCCAUAUGCACUGGGUGGUCUUCGGUCCAUCCGCCUUCUUAACUUCUCCAGUAACGGCCUGGUCUCCCUGGAAGAGGGAGCCUUUCAGUCCGUCAACACUCUGGAGACGCUACGUUUAGAUGGGAACCCUCUGGCUUGCGACUGCCGCUUGCUAUGGAUCCUUCAGCGUAGGAAGACGCUCAAUUUUGACGGCGCCUCCCCAGUGUGCAUGUCGCCCGUUGAAGUGCAGGGACGAGCUCUUAACGCUUUUUCCGACUCGGCUCUCUUUGAUCAUUUCACCUGCCAGAAGCCCAAGAUCCGCAACAGAAAACUGCAGCAGGUAUCGGCCCGCGAGGGACAGGUGGUGUCUUUCAUUUGCAAAGCAGAAGGUGAGCCCACACCGGUGAUAUUCUGGAUCUCUCCUCAACGGCGCCGCAUCACCACAAAGAGCAGCGGCCGUCUGACAGUGUUACCAGAGGGCACGUUAGAAAUACGAUACGCACAGGUGACAGACAGCGGGACCUACAUCUGCAUAGCUAGCAAUGCCGGUGGCAAUGACACCUAUUUUGCCACUCUUACAGUCAGUGGGCUGCCUCUAGAUGCAGCUCUUAUGGCCAACCGCACAUAUUAUGCUGGGGACCUUAAUGACACGAAUCUGAAUGACACCAGAGUCUUCUUGAAGUUUACUUUGGACCUAAAGACCAUCCUCAUAUCCACAGCUAUGGGCUGUAUCAUGUUCCUGGGGGUGGUUCUCUUCUGUUUCAUUCUGCUGUUUGUGUGGAGUCGAGGCAGAGGGCAGCACAAGAACAAUUUCUCAGUAGAGUAUUCCUUCAGAAAGGUGGAUGGACCCGCUGCCAGUGGAGGGCAGGGUGGGGCACGCAAGUUCAACAUGAAAAUGAUUUGAUUAUUCGGGACUGUUUCUCUCAUUAGUGUUGUUUACAAGCAGUUUCAAGCUAAAGGGACAAGACACUGGAGUAGACUUCGUGCUUGAAAAGCAUUUCAAACAGUUAUUUAUAGGCCAUUUUAUUGAGACAAAGUUUUGUUAUGAAAAGCUACUGUAUAUACAGUAUGAGAUCAAGAAACUCUGCAUGGAUUUGAUAUAUUUCUAUUGCUUAGUUGUGUGUUCUCAUUUAUGUGCAGAGGAUCCUGGAUCAUUAAGGUGUAAAAGAUGUCUCACAAAUCUGGAAUAGACUGUUAAACGCAACAAAAUCAGUCCCAGCAGUCUUUAACCUCGACAAAUCUCUUGCCAACUCCAUCCUCCUGCCCUACAAGGAACUCUGUCCUCUUCAUCUCGAUGCUCCAUCGGAGGUGAUGCAAGGUCUCAAAACUCAUGAAUACAUUAUAACAAGGUGGUGCUCAAUGAAUGCCAAUUACUUGCCAAUAUGUAUUUGAAUAGUUCCAGCUAUAUACUGCAUAUUUAGACGUAUUUACAGUCAGGACUUUAGAGCACUUUUAUCACAUAAAUACAGGAGCGCUGAUUUUUUGCUGAUGCUAGGUUUGUAUAGAUUACAUUAGACUCUGCAACACUGCCAAUUUGACUGGAAAAGCACCAUGAAAUAUGGUAGAGGGAACCGACUUCUCAUUGGGUAGCACUUAAAGUUGGUCCAAGCCGUUUUAAUUACCGACAGCCCUCUGCAGGUUAGGUUUUCAAUAGUUUUUUCAGCACACUGUUCAAUCAUCCUGAUCUGAAAAAAAGUUUGUAAAAGAAAAACGCAUGUACAGUGGGCUUCUUACUUUGUGUGUUAUUUGUAUAUUUAACAAUUGUUGGGGUGCGUUCAUCCCAAAGCUGGGUAUAUCAAACUGUAUAGGUAGAAUAUAUAUAGUGUAAAGGAUGUAUUAUAUGUUUUGUUAUCAUUGACAUUCUUGUGGUUGUUUAUAGUACUGUGAUCAAACCAAUGUUUCAAUUCUACUGUACCGUUACCGUUAAACUAUCAUUGAUAUCCAGUCCACCUUAUUAUAUCCUCAGAUCCCUGAACUCACAGAACAAACCAUGAAGGGCGUUCACAUAAAUGUUCAGCUCACUUCGUCUAUUUUUGGUUGUAGAGGACAGUGGGGAACCGGACAGACCAGGGAGGUGUUAAGUGGGUUCUCCUCAGGACCUCGUAUUUGAGACACGCAUGACAAGAAUUGAAGUACGAUAAAUGAGCUUGCACACAGAAACAAAGGUCAUAAUGUAAUAGAGCAAGGACCUUUAGACAAGGAAGGGGACAUAGCUACAAUAAAACAAAGGGCUGGAUGGUAACCUGUAACAAUAUCAUAGAAAAACUGUAAAGCAUUAUGUAAAAGUGUAAGUAUCAAUGGUUAUGUAGAUGAUUCCAAACUGUUGUAAAUAUAUUAAUUAAAAUAAUAUUUGACUACAGAGAAUGUAAAUCAAUGUAUUGUGUUCCUUAAGAUUAAUUGUUACUCCCGGCAUGUACAGUACAUGUGUCAGUGUUGGGCCUUGCAAAGCAAUUUGUGGCAGUUUCAAUACUUUAUGAAAAGCACAAACUGGCAGAAUAAAUGCAGUUUCUUUCAUAGUUCAGACAAAACUUAGUGAGACUGAGCACAGUGAGUUCCUGUCAAUAUUCUCACCUCAAGUUAUAUCUCUGCCUGGGAGUUAGGAACCAAUUAUCUGCUGCUGCAACAGCGUUACUCUGCCCUCUGUUGGUUGGAGACGGUACUGCAGUCUACACUUUUAAUUGAAUUUGACCUACCUACCCAGCGGUUUAAAACAAAGGGAAAUACUAUGUAAUGGCACUUGGAGAGCGCAGACAUCCUCCAAGGCUGUUUCCAUAAGUGAAAAUGGAUGCGUGUAUCUGUCCUGUAAUUUGGAGCUAUUUCAAAAUGUAUUGGUUUCUUCCUUGGCCCAUGCUACACCGUCUACUUUAGUUUCAUGAAAAUCUGGCAGGUAGUUUCUCCCUUAGCUAUCCCGCUGACAAACACACAAACAAACCUAAAAGAUAUUGUGUAAUUUACAUAAACAAUGCACAACAAUUUCUACAGAUUAAAUUCACAAAAUAGAAUAAAUAAUUAUGAACUGUAAAUAUGUUACCAGACUAAUUUGACAUCAGUUAAGUUUUAGAAGUGUAAAACAACAAGAUACUGUUCAUUGUCCUUUACUGAUGUCAUCCUGUAAAUAUGUAAACCAUUGUGUCUGGAAAUUGUGCUAGACUGUUUUGUAUUGUACUGUUUUAUAAAAAUGAAGCACACUCUUUAUAAAGCAUGCUUAUUGUCUGCUAUGAUGUCUUUGCCCUGUCCCAUUUUUAUAGCAGUCAGCUGGUCACGCAACACCUACAUAUACAUCUGGGACCCCGUCACUGUGAAAUAGUGUUUAUUUUAUUUCCAGGAGUUCUUCAUAUUUAAAUGUUUAAAUCUUAUGGAUGGAUGUCCCAUGUACAUGCCACAUUAAGAUAUACUUCCAUGAUUACUCAAGUUAGUGAUGUUUGUAUAAAUUCUGCAUAGACUUUAUGAGAAGCGUUAUUAUUGUUCAUUUUCUAUGCAUUCAUCAGAACAAAAAUUACAAAAAUAAAACACAUUUUGGGAGCCCAAAGAAAUAGUGCUGCAUUCUUGGUUUUAUGUGUUUAUGGAUCCAGACUCUUCGUUUAGCUUUUAAGUUGAAUUUAUUGGAAUCAGUUUAAUUUAUGAAACUGAACUAAGCCCCGUUUUCAUUCACUGGGUGAAGUUAAUUUACACUGUGCUGAUGUUCUGACUGGUACAGGGUCACUAAGACAAAUAAAAUAAGUAUGUGCACUUCAGCAAAACCUAGAUGAGGAAGUAGAGUAAAAGAGGAAGAAGCUCAGGCCCCAAUUAUCUUACAUGUAUCUAAAUCUGUUCCAAUUAUAUCAUUUCUAAAGUGCAUCCACUCAAAUGUGUUUUGAUUAUUGUUUCUUAGCUUACAGGUUUAACCUUAACUUUACUGAAUGAUGUAUUGCAGCUGAAAUCCAAGUCCAAUAUGCAACUUGUGAUUUGAAUACUUAGCAGACCUCAUGGUCCAGUAGUUGCAUUCAAAUAUACCAUUAUUUGCAUAGUCAUAGAUUCUGGGGUAACAUGAAAUACCAAGUCACAAAACAUGAAGAGAUCUUAGUAUUUUCUCUUCUGAGAAUACUUGUUUUAACAUUUCUUGUUGAGAGACAGUGUAUCUUUCUCAAGAGUGACACAGAUAGAGUGACAUUUAAGGGGCCUUGCAGUCCUUUAUUUGAUAGUGUCUUUGUAAGAUGUUACGUAGUUUCGAUUACCCUUGGCACAAAUCAGGAGUUUUACUGGAGGGAUGCACAAGAUGUUCCCUCAGUUGGGAAGGUGGGGGUUAACACGGUCUAAUAUGUCAAUACAAAAUCUCCUAUAAGGAUUCAGUCACAGUGACAGUCCAAGCACAUGAUUAAUUCAUCACGAUCAUUAUUCAGCGACAGCUCAUGCCCUGUGGGUGGGGGUAUUGCCACCAUGGAAAACACCUGUAAGUGCACGAUGAGUAACUUUGUGUUGCUUUGCAGUGGCCAAUAUCUAAGGAGAUCUGGGGAUCCAAACCAUGCCAAGAAAGGCGCCUCACUGUGAGGAUCAAGAAUUCACGCCUGAACUGCUCUCUUGGUGGUCACCUUUGCACCCACCCACAACCAAAAUUGACUCAACCGGCCAUAUUGUUAUUUUCCGACACCCCAACCCAUGGUUUUUGUACUACUGAACUCUUAGGUGUCAAUUAGAUCAUCACUUUUUUUGUUGUCGAGAUCAAAAUUCAAGUCUGUUCGGAAUAUGUAUAUAUAAAUAAACCUUAACUGUACUGAAUGACGUAUUCCAUCUAAAAUCCAAGUUGACUAUGCAUGUUUAUGCAUAUAAUGAUGGGGGGGGUCUGAAUUGUAUUAUGUACUACCCCUGUAUUGAAGAAUCUGUUAUGAUUCUCUACUCGUUUAUUCAAGUCUCUUCUAAUGUUCUCUGUUCUAACAGUAAAAG